AUGCAUUCGCAUCAGUACUAUGGAGGUGGUGGUGGUGGGAACGCCUCGUCCACCAACGGCAAUGCUAGCGGGAACGGUGGCAGGAAACGCAAAGUCUCGAUCAGGGACGAGGACGAAGACGACGAGGACGAUGAUGACGAUAAUGAUCACGACCAUGAUGACGGAGGUUCCGGUACGGGUGGGGGAAAUAACGGUUCAUCCCAAUCCCGAGGCAAACGCGCUCUACGUGGAAUCUCUAGCGGCGUCGGAGGAGGCGGUGGCGGGAAUGGAGGAGGUACCGGGGACAAGGACGACGAGACUCGGAAAAAGGGAAAGGAGCGACCCGGUCGUGGUAAAGGCAUGAGACGGGGAGCUCGGGCAUGUACCAACUGUCGCAGAGGGAAGAACCGGUGCGAGGGGGACCAUCCUUGUAACCGGUGUGCGGCGCAAAACCUCGAAUGCGUGUUUGCCAAGCCUCCGCCCAAGGUCGGUAAUUCGAAUUCCAACUCGCUGCAACAACAAUUUAUGCACAUCGAGAGCUCGGUGAAUCAUCUGGCUGCGAGUCAGAAUCAGAUGCAGUCGACGCUCUCUCAAAUCCUCUCGGCACUCUCGCAGAACCAGAUGAAUAGUCAGCAUGUACCGCAGCUGAAUUAUCCACAACAUUCGCCAUCGCAAAACGAUGGUAUGGGGACCUCGCAGAGUUCGCUCCCGAUGCAGCAUCACGCCUCGCGUAACAUGUCCGGGGCAGACAUGGACGAAGAUGGUUUCGCGUGGCCGGACCCUCCGGUACCCAAGGCGACAAUCGCCAAGAUGGAGGAGGACAACAUGGAGGAAGACGUCAAACCGAAAGAGUUCCCAAAAUUGCCCGGCUUCAAACCUCCUCCACAUCGAUACGCCAAUUAUGGCCUGGUUGUAUCCUCAACCGCCGCCUCUUCUGACGACGAAUCGGAAGACACGUUGCCCCGGUCCAGCUUGAACGCGCCGAUCGAGGCGUUGCAUCAACUGGCCAACGCUGCCGAUCAGGCUGCCAAAGAGAAUGCCAAGCUCGAGGCAGAGAACCGCCAGCAAGGAUUCCUCAGCCCCCCACGGGUGCUGCAAAAUCAGCUCAAGUUCAAGCGGAUGAAGAAGCCAGAUCCUGCACCGAGGAACGCCUUUCCCGAUGUCGUUACGAAAGGGCUGGUGUCACCGGAAGAAGCGAGGGAGUUGUGGGACAUUUUCUUCUCCGGUUGUCACUACUUCAUUCCCGUAUUCGAUCCGAGCUACGACGAGUUUGAGAGUUUCGUCCAGAGGACACCCUUUAGUUUCGACGGCAUGCUGGCAGUAGCAGCCAAGAUUCGUGCCGGUGCUGGUCCUCUUGGUCGUACACAUACCCGAUGUCUGGAGGAAGCGCAGGGAAUCGCUCGAUCGACGCUCUUUGGUCCGGUCGUGCGUAAAGAAGCGGUGAUGGCUGUACUCAUCCUCGCCUCUUGGUCGCAAGAUCCAUGGCUGCCAAGCGGACACGCCCUACGUAUGGGGCUCGACAUGAACCUGCACAAGGCUCUGGAAAAGCUUGGCGAGGAUGUCGGCACGUUCGGAGGGGGCAAGGCCAGAACCGAAGCGGAAGAACGGGAUCUGGUGGUCUCGGCACGGAUCUGGCUGAAUUGUUACCUAAACGACCAUACCGUCAGCUUGGGUACGGGGCGGCCUCUAAUGCUGCGGGAUGACGAGUCUGUUCGGAAUGCUCGUCAACUUUUAACACAUCCUAUGGCGUCUGAAACCGAUGUCCGUCUUGUCGCUUGCGUCGAAUUGAUGAGUCACAAAGUGCGGGUCUGGACACAUCUUCAUCCACUUCGCGGACGCAUCGACACUACAACCAUCGACUUUGUACGGCGAGUGUCAAACGAUCUGCUCGCAUGGCAUGCAGAAUGGAGGACACGGCAUCUGCAGAAACAUGAAGAAGAAAGCGUUCUAGUCAAGCUGCUUGACGCCGAGCUGUACUAUGCUCAGCUAUGGACCGCAUGUGUCGCACUACGGGGAUGUAAUUGGGACAAGCUCAACUUGGAUCAGCGAGAAUUGGCUUUCGGCGCCAAGGAUGCCGCUCUCAAGUGCUUGUCGGCUUACAAAUCAUCCAGUCUUCGGCAUUACCUCAAAUACGCUGUGCACGAGACGAUGGUACAAGCUUCAUUUGCUGCAGUCUUCCUCCUCAAAAUCGCCAUUCUAUUCCCGACGCAGGUCACCGCCAAAUUCAUCAGCACCGAAGUCGCUGAUCUGGCAAACUUGAUGUCAGAAUGCGCCGCCGAGCGUUACGCUCUUACACUCCGAUUGAUGCUCAGGUCUUUCCGUCGCAAGAUGGGGGAAACGACCAUGGCGCCAGGUACACCUCGUACCAUGGCCAAUGGACAGGUAGCGGGGCCAAGCGUCGACGGCAUGAUUCCAGGCCACCGUGGAUUGGAGAGCUUACUGAGUAUGGACGGCGACUCCGCUGUCGAUUUCUCGAUUUUGGACGAUCUUGGACCCUUCAACUGGCCAGAAGACGGCUUCAGUCCAUCCAACUUGCCACAAUGGAUUACUGAAGGGAACGUUAUGGAUCUAGGAUUGCCAUACGACGGAUCAGAUUCAAUCUUCCUGCCGCCCGAGUUGGCAAACAUGUUCCUUCCCGCACCAACAUCUUGGCAACUAGGAGAUAGCGCAGAAACAGGUGCCGAAGCUUGGUAA